CUUGGAGGUUAAGCUUAGGAGAACGAGAAAGAGAGUUCCAGAGCAAACGGAGGCGACGAAAUUUUCACUCUCAUUUUCGUUAAUCUCGUUUCUUUUUUGUUUUGUUUUGUUUUUGUUUUCUUCAAGCAAUUUGAUCUCGAUUAAUCGCCUAAAUGCUCGCUUCUUCAUGAAAGCCUGAUAAGAGAAGUCAACCAUGGAAUGUAUGGGACUCGCUGCUCGGAAUUUUGCGGCAAUGGUCGCUUCUAUUAGCCCUAAUUUGGCUUCAACGGGAAGAAGAAGACUCGGGUGGCUAUGUAGAACUAAAAGUCGUCAGUUCGGUGUGCACGGUUUGCGUCGGCGUUCGAUGCUAGUGAUGGCCAGUGCAGGAAGCGAGAGUUGCAUCGUAGUGAAAGAAGGAUUUGCCGACGAGGAAGAUUACAUUAAGGGCGGUGGCUCUGAGCUUUUGUUUGUUCAAAUGCAGCAGAAUAAGACGAUGGAUAAGCAGUCGAAUCUCGCCGACAAGCUACCACCAAUAUCAAUUGGAAAUGACGUACUGGACUUGGUUGUUAUUGGUUGUGGUCCUGCUGGUCUUGCUCUGGCUGCGGAAUCGGCUGCAUUGGGAUUAAAAGUUGGACUUAUUGGUCCAGAUCUGCCUUUUACAAAUAACUAUGGCGUGUGGGAAGAUGAAUUUAAAGAUCUUGGGCUUGAAGGGUGUAUAGAGCAUGUAUGGCCGGAUACAGUCAUAUAUCUUGAUGACAAGGAUCCUGUUCUUAUAGGCCGUGCAUAUGGACGUGUUAGUAGACAUUUGCUCCACGAGGAGCUGCUUAAAAAGUGUAUCAAGUCAGGUGUUUCAUAUCUCAACUCCAGAGUGGACAGCAUUGUUGAAACUACCACUGGUCAUAGCCUUGUAGCCUGCGAACAUGAUAUUUUUGUCCCGUGCAGACUCGCAACAGUUGCAUCAGGAGCAGCUUCCGGUAAACUGCUGCAGUAUGAGGUGGGUGGCCCGAAGGUAUCUGUCCAAACAGCUUAUGGUGUGGAGGUCGAGGUGGAAAACAAUCCUUAUGAUCCACGCCUUAUGGUUUUUAUGGACUACAGGGACUACGCAAAGCAAGAAAAUUCAUUAGAAGCACAAUAUCCAACAUUUCUUUACGCCAUGCCCAUGUCUCCGACAAGAGUAUUCUUCGAGGAAACUUGUUUAGCUUCCAAAGAAGCUAUGCCAUUUGAUCUCUUAAAGAAAAAACUUAUGUCAAGAUUAAAGACUAUGGGGAUCCGAAUUAUGGAAACAUAUGAAGAGGAAUGGUCUUAUAUUCCAGUCGGUGGAUCCUUGCCAAACACAGAGCAGAAAAACCUCGCAUUUGGUGCAGCUGCCAGCAUGGUGCAUCCAGCCACAGGUUAUUCAGUUGUUAGAUCUUUGUCCGAGGCUCCCAAAUAUGCUUCUGUUAUUGCAAGCGUUUUGAAGCAAGGAACGCUAAAGGAUAGUCUUGCUAGUGGAAGAAGCUAUGGGAAUAUCUCAAUGCAGGCUUGGAACACUCUUUGGCCCCUAGAAAGGAAGCGCCAGAGAGCAUUUUUUCUCUUUGGGCUUGCACUGAUUGUUCAACUGGAUAUUGAGGGCAUUCGAACGUUUUUCCGGACUUUCUUCCAAUUGCCGGAUUGGAUGUGGCAGGGAUUUCUUGGGUCUACAUUAUCUUCAGUAGACCUCGCAGUUUUCGCCUUGUAUAUGUUCAUCAUUGCUCCAAAUGAUCUAAGAAUGUGCCUGGUUAAGCAUCUUCUUUCUGAUCCUACUGGAGCAACCAUGAUAAGAACAUAUCUCACACUAGCUUGAACUUCCCCAUUUUCCUCCUCUUAUGUAACUACACAAUGUUUAGAUUCCCCGAGGAUCGAGCCUGACAGGUAUUGUUUCUUACUGGAUCUUGCUAUGUUAUAUGUAGUGUACUGUGUACAUUUUCAAUAAUCUCUUCCAUCUCUCCGCCCUUAGUUUCCCUACGAAUUCCCCACGGAAAGUUUAGCAGGACAGGAAUUCAAUGGACUUAUUCUCGAGCGUUGAGUAUACAGAUGCAAGUUUAUACCAUCUAAAA